AAAAAACGUCCUUCUGUCAUGAACAAAAAUUCGUCACUUCGUGGCAUUUUGUUAUUUGCUGCAAAAGAAAACGCCUUCGAAAAAUCCACGAUGUCAUGGAUUGGAAUGAGGAUCCUACCAAUGAGGCUGUUGAUAAAAUCCACAUAUCUCUUAUGAUGUUCCUUUUUUGAGCUGAUCCUAGAACUGUAUUAGUCGCCGGAUUCUUGAAUAGUGGACAGCCAAGGCGAAUUUAAUUUUCUAUCACAUAACUGAACUGCCAUCGGUGAAUAUAAAUUCGUUUCCAUCGAGAAACGCGACGAACCAUAGUCUGUUUUAAUUCACGACCUCCUCAGGGCACCAUUCUGAUUUACGGCGACGCAACGCACCAAGUAUGCGGAUGGAACGCGGUGGACGUUCUCGUCGACGGAGUACUCCAGCACGGCCGCGUCAUAAAGAUCGUGGAGAGCGGCCUGAUCGUGGAUUUCGAGUGUAGCACACAGUGCGCGCAGUUCGUCGAAUUCGGCAACAUCUUCCACACCGAGCAUUUCUACAACAACGCCUACAACCCGUGUGACGCGGUGCAGGUGCUUCUGCGCCCCCAUCCCACCGCGCCCUGGACGUGGUACCCGGGGAAGGCGGUGGCCCUGGGAGAGUACGACCCCCAGGGGCGGGGCCGCGAUGCGCAGUACGUGGAAGUGCAGCUGCCGUACGGCGCCGUCAUGCAGCUGGUCCCCCGUUUCCAGGUCCGCCGACCGCCCUCGGAGGACGAUUGUGAGGGCGCGCGGGUGGAGGGGUGGGCGUUUGUCACCCGAUGCUGUCAGCUGCCGGCCGACUGGGAUAAAGUUCUGCCCGCGGUGCGGGAGCGCUUCCAGUUCUCACUGAAUCAGCAUCGUCUACUGUGCACCGUCGUACACGGCCAGACACUACUCUAUCUGCAGCGCGAAGCUGGCACUCCGCCGACACCUCAGCAAGUGGAGCACGUGUCGGUCUCUCUGCUUCAAGAGCUCAUGGACAACAUGGCGCGGCUGCGGGUCCAGCAGAAUCAGCUGCAGGCUGAGCAGUAUCAGCUGCAUAAACAGAACCAGCAGCUGCACAAGCAGAACCAGCAGCUGCUGGAAGAGACCAAGGUUCUUUUGCAAAACAACAAGGAACUGCGGAAAGACAUCGACGAGCUCCGGACAAGCAGCGUCAAACGAAAAGCGACCAUCGGGACACUGAAGACCACCGUCGGCACGCUGAAGACCAAAGUCGGCACCUUGGAGACCACCGUCAGCAAGUUGGAGACCACCGUCGGCAAGCUGGAGACCACCGUCGGCAAGUUGGAGACCACCGUCGCCAAUUUGACGGCUACAGUGGCGACCCUGCAGCAGGAUAUGGCCAACCUGCGAGCUGCAACGUCCACCCAGUUGGUGGGCAGGAGUGUCCCGUGUGCGGUGCAUCACCAUGUGCCCCGACUACUCGCUGUCAUCAGUGACGGGCCGUCGACGGAGUUUAUGCUGGGCAUUUUGUUUUUCUGUGUGUGGCUUUGGCGACUAAGUUAAAGUGUGCUUUGUAGUAUUGAAUGGACCUGGAGCAUUUGCAGGGUGUUGGUUUCCGCAAAUUUAAAUAAGAUUAGCGAUAAAGUCACAG